GAUCUCUAGCGGAGAAAGGGAAUGGGAAAGGGGCAAAAAAGGAGGGCCAGGGGAGGGGAAGGGACUGCAGUCCGGGAACGUUUUGGGGGAGCUAGGACCCUAAGGAACAGGACCUGGCAUUGGUGGAAAGUCUAGACGGGCAGGAGCUGCCCACCGCUCAGAGAGAGCUUUCAUUUAUCUGGGAAGGGAGCAGACGGAGCAGAGAGGGAGAAGACAGAGUUCACGCCGAAGUGGAUGGAAGGGGGUUCGGGUUUCCGCGGCGCGGGGAGUCGGGAGCCCGGACCAUGGCGCUGAGAGCGGCGCGGAGCGGCUGCGCGCCCCAGGACGCGCUUCCUCGCGGAGGACCAGCGGGAGUCCGGAGCCGCUGCGCAGAGGAACCAACUUGUGGCUCCAGACCGUCCCCAACGCAGCUGGAAAGGAGAUCAAAGCUGCAGUUUCAUCCCUGAAGGAUGCGAGGAGCCAGUGAUUAGAGAUCUUUUUUUUUUUUCUUUCUAUCUUUUAACGCUCUUCAUUCCUGUUUAUCAUUACACCUUUUUUAAAGGAAAAAAAAUAUAUGUGUGUGUGUGUUUCGUUUUGUUUUAUUUUUAUUUUUAUUUUUUAUUUUUUUAAUUUAUCUAACACCACGUCAGUCCGUUCACUGGGCUCCCCCUGUUUGAAAUAAAAGCCCAGUCUGAACUUCCACCACCGCCGCGGGGACUCCAGAUCUGCGGCCGGCUGAUGGAGAAGGGGACACCCGAGCUAGCCGGGGCUGCUGGCGUCUCCCUGGUGACCCCCGCCGCGCUCGCCCAGUUCAGCUCUACCUGGAGGACCUGGACCCAGUGGGGGAGGGGACCCAGCAAAAGCCACCCGGAGCCUUAAAAAAAAAAAGUAGCUGACCGGGGGCGGAACGGGUUUGUUCUUGACAGCUGACGGAGCCUUGAAAUUUUCCUCCUCUACCUCCGCCCCCUCCCCCGCCCCUGCCCCCCGCACUCCAUUUAACGUGAGAUUAUGAAAUCGCAGAGGCGGCGGAGGGAAGACGACGGGAUCUAACAGGGAGUUUGGAGGGGCGAGGGGGAAGGUGGCUGGCUGGGUGGCUGAAAUCAAAAAUCCAAUUGCGCACUGGGUUGUGAUGAGAAAUCUAAUCAGAUCUUUGUCGAAGGGGCCGGCCGGAAGGAUAGCCGGUGGGGGCAGUUGAUCCCUAAAUUCUCCGAAGGGAAAGCUGGGGAAGGGAAUCGAGGAUGUAAAGAAAAGACUUUUUGUUCUUUUUUUCUUUUCUUUUCUUUUUUCUUUUUCUUUUUUCUUUUCUUUCUUUUUUUUUUUUUUCAUUUUUUUUUUAAUCCUGGAGGAGGUGGCUGUUGGAUGCCUUGCUAAAAUGAAGGAUGCGGGACGCAGCUCUCUCUUGGAGCAGACCGCAGAGGAUAAACUGAUGGUGCCAGCGAGAAGAAAGAAUGAACCUUUUUCUUGUGAGACCUGGAUCGUAACAUAAAUGUGUAUAUGGCCACACGGGGAGCAUUGGGGGAAAAUGAAAUAAGCUGAUGUCAGACCUGCGGGGUUCUAGUGUGUUCUGACAUAAAUAAAUAAUCAUAAAAAAGCUGUCCCCCUCCCCCAAGGAUGUUUGGAAAUGGAGAACUGAGGAUUCACAAAGAAAAAGUGUGCUCGUUUUUCUCUUUAAAGGAGAAAGUACGCCAAGGAGAUAUUUUUGGAAUGAAAAGUUUGGAGUCUUUUUUUAGGAAAGUAAAGACCUGAUAUAUAUUUUUUUUCUUCUUAAAUUUCCCACAAGAGGAAAGGAAAUUAAUAAUACAUAUUGCAAAAGAAAUUUCACUGAAGAAAAGUUGACCGUUGAAGAACGAAGCAUUGAUUGGGAAAGAAAUCAGCAGAGGACUCUUGGAUCGGUGCCCGUGUUGACUAAAAUUGAAGGAUAAUUGCAGUUGGAUUUUUUUUUUUUCUUUCACCACCAACCUCCUUUUUGCUUUCUUUCUCCUUUUCUUUUUGGUGUCAAGACCAUGCCUUCUUUCUUGUUCUUAACCACCUGGAUUUCCCUCGGGAUGUAGCUGUGCUGAAAUACAGUUGGCAAACACGUUGCCUAUUUACUGCAUUGAGACCCCAAUGGAGAACAAGGCUGCCAGCAGAAGGUGUAGCCCAGAUUAAAGGUGUAUCUCCCCAUCUCAAAAGAUCCAGAUUCAAGGCUGUUUGAACUCCAGAAGGACCAAUACCAGAUAAAUUAUGAAUGUUGAACAAGAUGACCUUACAUCCACAGCAGAUAAUGAUAGGUCCUAGGUUUAACAGGGCCCUAUUUGACCCCCUGCUUGUGGUGCUGUUGGCUCUUCAACUUCUUGUGGUGGCUGGUCUGGUUCGGGCUCAAACCUGCCCUUCAGUGUGCUCUUGCAGCAACCAGUUCAGCAAGGUGAUUUGUGUUCGGAAAAAUCUUCGUGAGGUUCCUGAUGGCAUCUCCACCAACACAAGGCUGCUGAACCUCCAUGAGAACCAAAUCCAGAUCAUCAAAGUGAACAGCUUCAAGCACUUGAGGCACUUGGAAAUUCUCCAGUUGAGCAGGAACCAUAUUCGAACCAUUGAAAUUGGGGCCUUCAAUGGUCUGGCGAACCUCAACACUCUGGAACUCUUUGACAAUCGUCUUACCACCAUACCGAAUGGAGCUUUUGUAUAUUUGUCUAAACUGAAGGAGCUCUGGUUGCGGAACAACCCCAUUGAAAGCAUCCCUUCCUAUGCUUUUAAUAGAAUCCCUUCUUUGCGACGCCUAGACUUAGGGGAACUGAAAAGGCUUUCGUACAUCUCGGAAGGGGCCUUUGAAGGUCUGUCCAACUUGAGGUAUUUGAACCUUGCAAUGUGCAACCUCCGGGAAAUCCCUAACCUCACUCCGCUCAUCAAACUAGAUGAGCUAGAUCUUUCCGGGAACCAUUUGUCUGCCAUCAGGCCUGGCUCUUUUCAGGGGUUGAUGCACCUUCAAAAACUGUGGAUGAUACAGUCUCAGAUUCAAGUGAUUGAACGGAAUGCCUUUGAUAACCUUCAGUCACUAGUGGAGAUCAACCUGGCACACAACAAUCUAACAUUGCUGCCUCACGAUCUCUUCACACCCUUGCAUCAUCUAGAGAGGAUACACCUUCAUCACAACCCAUGGAACUGUAACUGUGACAUACUGUGGCUCAGCUGGUGGAUAAGAGACAUGGCCCCCUCCAACACAGCCUGCUGUGCCAGGUGUAACACUCCCGCCAAUCUGAAGGGGAGGUACAUCGGAGAGCUGGACCAGAAUUACUUCACUUGUUAUGCUCCCGUCAUUGUAGAGCCCCCCGCAGAUCUCAACGUCACUGAAGGCAUGGCGGCUGAGCUAAAAUGCCGGGCCUCUACGUCCCUGACUUCCGUAUCUUGGAUUACUCCAAAUGGAACAGUAAUGACUCACGGGGCAUACAAAGUGCGGAUAGCUGUGCUCAGCGAUGGCACGUUAAAUUUCACAAAUGUGACUGUGCAAGACACAGGCAUGUACACGUGUAUGGUGAGUAAUUCUGUUGGCAACACUACCGCUUCGGCCACCUUGAACGUCACUGCGGCAACCACUACUCCUUUCUCGUACUUUUCAACUGUAACAGUGGAGACUAUGGAACCUUCUCAGGAUGAGGCACGGACCACAGAUAACAAUGUGGGCCCCACUCCAGUGAUCGAUUGGGAGACCACCAAUGUAACCACAUCUCUUACGCCACAGAGCACAAGGUCGACAGAGAAAACAUUCACCAUCCCAGUAACUGACAUCAACAGUGGAAUCCCAGGAAUUGAUGAGGUCAUGAAAACGACCAAGAUCAUUAUUGGGUGUUUUGUGGCCAUCACACUCAUGGCUGCCGUGAUGCUGGUCAUUUUCUACAAGAUGAGGAAACAGCACCAUAGGCAAAAUCACCAUGCACCAACAAGGACUGUUGAAAUCAUCAACGUGGAUGAUGAGAUCACUGGGGACACGCCCAUGGAAAGCCACCUGCCCAUGCCUACAAUCGAGCAUGAGCACCUAAACCAUUAUAACUCUUACAAAUCUCCCUUCAACCACACAACAACAGUAAACACAAUAAAUUCAAUACACAGUUCAGUGCAUGAACCGUUAUUGAUUCGAAUGAACUCUAAAGACAAUGUACAAGAGACUCAGAUAUAAAACAUUUACAGUUACAAAAAACAAUCAAAAAAAGACAAUUUAUUAAAAAAAAUGACACAAAUGACUGGGCUAAAUCUUCUGUUUCAAAAAAAAGUGUCUUUACAAAAAAAACAAAAAAGAAAAGAAAUUUAUUUAUUAAAAAUUCUAUUGUGAUCUAAAGCAGACAAAAUUAUGUGUAUUCCUCAGAACCUGUUUUUGCUGCACUUACUAUUUUCCCACACCUCCUCCCUCCCUUCCCUGAUUGCCAUAUUUUUCAUAGAUCUCAAUUCCCCAAAGAACUGGUCUAGGAAAUUUUGUAAGAAUUCUGUUACACUUUGAGAUUUUUAUGGUGAAUUCUAGUGGUGAGAUCCAGUCUAUUUUGUCUCUUUCUCUCUCUAGUUUUUUCAUUAUUUUUUUUCCUUCAUGCCCUUAUGAAAUAGUCCAAUGGGGAAUGCAAUAUUAGAAAUAGAUUUUUAAGAAAGAAUGAGGAAAAGUGGAAGAACUUAUAUUUUUCAUGUAAUGACCUGUUCUGUAUUUAUGAGGAGGAUAUUCUGUGGAGAAAGAAACAAAAGUAAGCAAACAACAGAUUAAUUUACAUAUGAGCAUCUAUAAAACCCAUGACUUUUAAAAAGAAAACUCUAGAACCAGAAUUUGUAGUUCAAAACUUAAAUUAAGAUUAUAAAUAAAAUAUUGUUGGUUUUUCUGUACCUGGACAUAGCUCAUUUGUAAUCUAGUGUAGACAUGAAAAACCUGAAGGGGAUUAGAUUCCUUAUUUUCUAAGAAAGAUAAUACUACAGUCCUCUGUAGUUACAGCAUUAUUUUCUACAUGCCUCUGUUGCUUUAUUUGGCCUAAGUUGCACAUCAGUAAUCAAAGAUGCUAUGAUAUUCUUGCCUUCUCAGUAGUACUGUCCUUUAUAAAGUUUUUGGAUAAAAGAUAACAGUUUAUGAAAUACAUUUGACUCAAGAAGAGAGAAAACACCACUGAUAUAUCUGCUUCUGUAUGAAGGAGAUUCCACAGACCAGAUGAAGUAUUAACACAAAAGUGUGGACAUUCUAAAUUCCUCACAGUUUACAAAGAAUUUUUGGUUCUGAGUGUUACCAAAUUUAGUUCAAUUCAAUGAAAAUUAUCACAGAGUUAAAAUGGGCUAAAUGGUCACUUGGGUACACAAAUAACAAGGCCUCAUUCCUGAUUCCUUAGAAACUGCAUCAUUUUCAAGGAUUAUUCUAAGUGUUUUACUAAGCACUAGCCCCAACUUUUGGCUUUUAGGUAAGUGACAAAUUGUUGUAAUUAUAGAAACUUACUGGCCUCAUGGUCUCUCAAAUGUUAUGGUAAGAGAUGAUUUUUCUCCAUUUGAAUUCUGAUUCCAAGGCUGUAGGAGAAUAUCAUACUGGGGUAUCUUGUAAUCAUGGGCACGUAUGAAGAGAUAGCAAGGCUGGUGCAGUAGCAAUUCACUCCGGCUUCCUUUAAAGGAUGUGGACAUGUCACUUAAGAGGACACAAACUAGCUUCCAAAAAGAAAAGGAGAAACUCGCUGGUUGCGAAGGUUCGCACUCUCCUGAUAUUUUAAUAAACUAUCUGUAUGACCUUCAUCUUUUUGUCUGCAGUGCAGCACACACACACACACACACACAGUUUUUUCUCACUGGCCUCAAAACUUGUCCUCUCCCCCAAAGUGAGGUGUGAAGAAGGAUUGACUGCACUGAAAAACACAUCUGCUAAGGGAUCAACAGCCUUAAUAUUCACACUUAAUUCUACCAUCUAAAGCUCAUGCCAUUUUCUGUUGUAUCCAGGUGUGAAGAACCAAUCGUUUUUAGCAAUGUAGGUUAGAAAGAUGGAAGGAAGAGUUAUCAAAUGAAUGCAAGUACACAAAAAUCCUUUUUCUAUUCUUGAGUCACACAGCUGUAGGCUUUGCUCUGCUGUAUCUCCUGCUUCCCUUUGUUGCAGUAGACUCAGGAAAAGGAAAGCAUGUAUAAACUGUCAUCUGUCAAUUUACCAUGUAUUGAAUACACUGUAAUGCUGUGUUUUGCAGCAGCAUAUCACAUAUAUGGCAUGGCAUGUGGGCGCAUAUACAUACAAACAGAGAUACAUACUCUUACACAUACAUAUAUAUUUUGAGUAUCAAACUUGCUCUAGUACAAAACAGAGCAGUACUAAAGAGUGGGGAAAUGGGUUUUACCUUCCUUACUUAACACUAUUCCUGGUUUAUGCUUAUAGACUUCUGCCUAUUGACACUCUUUCAUUUUGAGCUCAUAGUUAUUAUAUAAGGUUAAACCUAAAAUAUCCUAACCACUGAAUGUAUGGAUUGGCUAAACAGUUAUUGGACAGAUUUUUACUAAAUACAAUGAAAUCCAAGCUUGCACACACACACACAAUUCCACGACAAAACCAAACCUAUGAUACAUGCAGCCAGAAUAUUAUGGUAGCUCAGAAUAAAACACUUUAGAAAUAAAAUAUGUUUAUGAAAGAUUUAACCUAAUCAAAUUAAGCUAUAUUGCAAAUUCAAGCUUGUUUCACAACCUGUUUUCACUACAACUAUAGGAAUUAAGGGUAAAGUGCUAUUACACACACAUAUACGGAAACUGAAGUUGAGUCUAGAUCUUUUCUGUUUAAUUAUAUUCAUAUUUUCUCAUUAGUUUACUAAUAACUUAAUUUUCUAGAGACAUAGCCUGACUUUCUUGGUGAGAAAAAAAUCCUAUCUGAUCACUUACACAUCCUGGCAUCAAAGCAAUUUACUUGUAUGCACAUUCUUUCAUCCUAUGUAAAGUCAACAUCAACUCGCCAACUAACUGAAUGAAAGAUUCUGGGAAGCACACAGACACACUAAUAUAUCACUUAGAAACACCCAGGCUAAGGAAACCCAACAGCAGUGUAUACGUGUGUGUGUGUGUGUGUGUGUGUGUGUGUGUGUGUGUGUGUGUAUUUUGGGGGUCAUAUUGUUCACAAACAUUUCUGAAAAAAAGAUUUAUUGGGAAUGAAAUCUAUAUACUUGACAUUGACUAGUCUCUCAAAUUAUACAGCACUUGUGUAGAUGCACAUACUCUGACAAAAUGUUGGAAGAAUUUGGAUAUCUCAAACAGAUACGCUCUGGUAUAGCUCAGUAAUUUUUCUCAUGUUCCAAAUAUCCUCAUUUCUAAUGUUUUACAUAGGUCCUUGAAACAGGAAACAGCAAUGAGUAACUUUUAUUUUUUUAUUUUAUUUUAUUUUAUUUUUUGAUGAGUAACUUUUAAAGAAAAAUGUUCAUCCUUAUGAUCUGAGAAUCAAAAUUCUGGAUAAUAUUGAAGAUGUGUAAACUGUAAUAUCAUGAAUAAAGAUAUGCCAGGAAAGGACGAAAGAAGUGUUACAACAUUGUGCAGUGAGAAGUAAUAAAGCAUUUUAAUAGCUGGACUUAAAAUAUGAGAGACAUGUAAGAUAGUGCUCUUAGAGCACACAGCCUUUCCAGGCUACAUAUUAACCAAAGCAGAAAAAAUAAUUCCACACUCUGACUUAAUAUAAUCUUAAUGGUAUUUAGAUAAAUGAAAAACUCAGAGAAAUUUCUUCAGACACAUCACUCGGAAGCAAUUUUAAUAUUAAUUUUUACUUUUUAAAUAUUAAUCACAGGUUAUUGACUUUGUAUCCCAACUCAUUCCCUUUCAUCCCUCUCUCCCUCAUCUCCUCCCUGUCUGUUUCUAAGGCCACUACUAUGGGAGGUCCUCCUCCCCUCCUUUCUACCCUAGCUUAGCAGGUGAUGCACUCAGUUGCUAGUGGCUUCAUCCUACAUGUUUCAGCAAGAAACUUGAAGUUAAUUCCCAAAUUCAAUAUCACUGACAAAACAUAUGAAUGUCUAGAAUGAGUCAUUUUCUUCUAGGAAGGCAACUGUUUCUCUUCAAAUACAGUAGCAUAAAGUCCAAUCUUUAAAAAGAAUAGAGCUCCUUCUCACAUGAUAUACAUUUUCUUAUUUGAUUAGAAUGUGAUUUCUACACAGCAGAUAAGCUUUGAACACCCCCAAUAGUCUAAACAGUUGUCUUCAAACACUGAGAUACCUUCUGUUUCUCUUAGUUUAUUAAGAUAAAAUCAGGAUUGCUUCAAGCUCUCUGUUGGGCUGGAAGCAGCUUUGAUGCUAUUGUUUUUCUAAAUUCCAGCAAUAUGAAGAACAAGAUAUAUGGCAGUGGGAGAGACAAAAGAUAUUUUAAAAAUUAAUAUAGCAUACUAUCAGUCAGGUC